AUGAAGCCCUGUCUCGUCUUCACUCUCCUGAGUGCAGUUGGAGUCAUGUUGGCCAGAGAGUCUGAAGCUGAUAAGCUGAACUUACCAGAAGAUUUUACUAUUCCUUACAUGGUCUACUUGCAGUCCAGCCCAGAACCCUGUGUGGGGACUCUCAUUCACCCUGAGUGGGUACUGACAGCUGCCCACUGCCCCUUACCUGUUAAAAUCCGACUGGGAGUUUAUCAACCCAGCGUCAAAAAUAAGAAAGAGCAGAUACGGAAUUACUCACUGACUGUGCCCUCCCCUGAAUUCAAAGCACAAUCUCUGGAGAAUGACCUGAUGCUGAUAAAAUUGUCCAAGGCUGCUGCGCUCAACUCCCACGUGGGAACCAUAGCCAUAUCUAUGGAACCCUUAGCAUUUAACGAUUCCUGCUUUAUCCCAACCUGGACUUGGAAUGAAUACAAAAACCUCAGCGACCCUGACAUCCUGACUUGGAUAAACCAAUAUUCUCUCCCCCUCAAUGACUGCCAGAACAUGGUGGGACAAAUAAUGGCAGCACACAUCAUGUGUGUGGGACAACCUUUAAACAUCUUAUCUAGAACUAAGGAAGUUUCAGCCGCCCCGGCCAUCUGUGAUGGCAGGUUGCAUGGAAUCUUGUCCUGGGCCAAAGGAAGUAUCACCCUGGGAAGUGAAGGGUUCUUCACAGAAGUUUAUCACCAUGCAAGAUGGAUCUUGAAAGUCAUAAAUAACUACUGA